AUGAAGAAGUAUCUCAUUUUAUUUGUACAAUCAUACCCCAAUUUCCGGAUUGCAGAAUUGGAGGCCUUGGCGGAUUUAGAAGGUGUUUCAGUGGAUUUAUCAAAACACAAUGAUAAAAUACCAUUUCUCGAAGUUGAACUAGAAAACGAUGACUGUGCCAAACGGUUAGUAUCACGAGCAAUACUCACCAGAGGCAUCUAUGAAUUAUGGGGCCAGGGUUCAACUUACGAGGAGUUGCAUAACAUGAUUAAAAGCAAUAAAGAUUUAAAUUUUCGUCAAUUUGAUGAUGUGAGUUUCAAAUUCACGUUUGAAAGCUUCAAAGGUCGCCAGAGCCUGAAAGAACAAUUGAAAAUAAUUGAGUCCUUUUCUUAUCUUGAUUUUAAUGGUAAAAUUGAUCUUAAAUCGCCUCAAGAAACAUUUACAAUUUUGGAGGAGUAUGAGGUUUACGGUAUGGAGAGGGCCACUGCUCCUAAAUACCUUUGGUUUGGUAGGCAGGUGCAAUUGAGUGAAAAGAUGAGAACUAACAUUGUUGAGAAAUAUGAUUUAAAGAAGCGUGGCUAUAUAGGCACAACGUCAUUUGAUGCUGAGUUAUCGUUGGUUACUUGUAAUAUGGCUCAUGUCCAACAAAAAAACAUUGUCUAUGACCCAUUUGCCGGGACGGGAUCAUUUAUGGUGGCAGCUGCCGCUUUUGGAGGCCUCACUUUUGGUUCUGAUAUUGAUGCAAGAAUGAUUAGUGGCAAAGAUGGUAAGACGAUUGCCUCAAACUUUAAAGACUAUGGAACAACCCCAAACUUCAUGGAUGUAUUAACUAUGGAUUUCACCCAUAAUGCAUUUAGAUCUGAUUUUAAAAUAGACACAAUUAUUUGUGAUCCACCAUACGGAGUUCGUGAAGGGUUGAGGGUGCUUGGAGCAAAGAAUGAGGAAAAAGCUGCAGGGAGAGAAAGCAAUAUCUACAACGGCAGUCUUGCCUACUUGAGACGGGACUUUGUCCCACCAAAAAGACCAUACGAGUUGUCGAGUUUGCUCGACGAUUUGUUACAAUUUUCUAGCGAGAGAUUAGUUGAAAACGGACGACUAGCAUUCUGGAUGCCCACGGCUAAUGAUGACUUUGAAGCCACUUUAAUUCCACAGCAUGAAAAACUCGAGUUGCAAUACAAUAUCGAGCAAAGUUUCAAUAAGUGGUCAAGGAGACUUCUAGUCUAUGUGAAAAGGGGAGACCUGUAUGUUGGAGUCACCAGCAACGGUCUUCGUGAGUCAAAUAUACGCAGUUUCCGGGACCGAUACUUUAGCAAAUUUAGCGAAAAUAGCAGAUAA